AUGGCUGGGGACGCGACUGAACGACCACAUAGAAAGAGUACAUUACACGAAAAACGACGAGCAGAACGACGAUCGCGGGCCAUUGUUGCAGAAUCAGAGGCGCCUUCUGAACCGACUGGAUCUCAAACUUUAUCAAUUGAUUCCCUGGCAAGAUUAAAUGACUCCCUUGAACGAGAGAAGAGGAGGGAGGAGAGGAGGAAAUCAAGAUCGCGACCACCGGUGAAGGAAGACCAUGGACGAUCGAGGGAACGAGGUUCGCCCAGUAAAGAUAGAAGACGAAAAGAGCGCGGAUAUGCGACUGAGGAUUCUAGUUCGCCGAUUAAAAACAGAAAGAGAGAACGCGAUUAUGAUGAGAUUCCUGGAUCAUCAAGUAGAGAAAGAAGGAGACGAAACGAAUAUACCGAUGAUGAAUCUGGAUACCCUGGCAAAGACAAGAAAGUGAGAGACUAUUCCGAUUACGAGACAGCGGCAGAAACAGCUCUACGAAUUCAAAAGCAGAGAAGAAAGCAAAACGGCAUCCCCGAGCCAAAACCAAAGCCGAAGCCGAAGCCAAAUGCGCCGCGUAAAGAGGAACGGAGUUUGAAAAUACCAAACACAUAUACAGAUGACGAGACUGUCUAUGAGAAACCUCGGAAAGAGCCAAAAGGAAAGAAGCGUAGAGUUGUCAGUGGAGCACUUUUAGAAGAAGGUGAAGGGGAGUUGAAGCAACGCAGAAUGUUCAGUGGCGCAGAACUGAAAAAUGAUCUGAGACAUCUGAAAGGGUUGAGAGGUGGAUAUGCGCCUACUGAAUCAAGCUAUCCUGACAAGUACAUCGAAAGCGACGAAGAUUUUAGAAAAAGGCGGAAAAGUGUCUGGAUGGGAAUUGGCAUUGGCAUAGUAAUUUUGAUAAUUAUAAUAGCAAUCGCAGUGAGCACCAGCAAAAAACACACUUCAAGUUCUUCCUCAUCAACAGCCCCUGCAACAGAAAGUGGAACUCCUUCAAAUUCAAAUCUUGAUGGGAUGUCAGAAAGUGAUAUUCCGGUUGCAGCCCAAGGCACAUAUUUGGACCCAUUUACAUGGUACGAUACGUUGGAUUUCAAUGUCACAUACACGAAUGAGACUGUCGGAGAUCUUCCGGUUAUGGGACUGAAUACCUCAUACAGCGAUGAUGUAGCACCAAAUUCCAAGGCACCCAAGUUAUCUGCCGAGUGGGGAGCUUAUACUUCAAGACCGGCUAGAGGUGUCAAUUUGGGUGGCUGGCUUUCUAUCGAACCUUUCAUCACGCCGUCCCUUUUCAAUUCCUACUCAUCAGCAGAUGGAAUCAUUGAUGAGUGGACACUGACUACUAAAUUGGGUGCAACUGCGGCUGCAUCUACCCUUGAGAAACACUAUGCGACCUUCGUUUCUGAACAAACAUUUGCCGACAUUGCCGCUGCUGGACUGGAUCACGUUCGCAUUCCUUACUCGUAUUGGGCUGUGAUAACCUACGACGAUGACCCCUAUGUCUUCCGCACCUCAUGGCGUUAUCUUCUUCGUGGUAUAGAAUGGGCUCGCAAGUAUGGUCUUCGUAUCAACCUAGAUCUCCAUGCACUCCCUGGAUCUCAAAAUGGCUGGAAUCACUCCGGCCGUCAAGGAGCUAUUGGUUGGUUGAAUGGAACUAAUGGCGACCUAAAUGCUCAACGCAGUAUCGAAAUCCAUGAUAGGCUCUCUAAGUUCUUCGCUCAAGACCGCUAUAAGAACAUUAUUAGUUUCUAUGGCCUCGCUAAUGAACCUAGAAUGACAUCUCUUGACGUCAAUGAUGUCCUAAACUGGACAUCUACCGUCACUGAUAUGGUCGUAAAGAAUGGUAUUUCCGCGUAUGUCGUUAUUGGAGAUGGAUUCCGGGGACUCGAGAAUUGGCAGGGCGAUUUGACAGGUUAUAACAAUCUAAUCUUAGAUGUUCAUCAAUAUGUCAUUUUCAACAGCGGACAGAUUCUUUAUAACCACACGGAGAAAGUAAAUUAUGCUUGUAGCGGUUGGACUCAACAAACCGAGAUAUCUAUGAACACAAGUACAGGAUUUGGGCCCACGAUGGUUGCUGAAUGGUCUCAAGCCGAUACUGAUUGUGCAACCUAUCUCACAAAUGUCAAUCAAGGAAAUAGAUGGGAAGGAACAUAUGAUACUGGAGACUCAUCGACACAACAAACGACGCCAGAUUGUCCAACACAGGACAGCACGUGUAGUUGUACCAAUGCGAAUGCAGAUCCAAGUACUUAUAGUGAUACAUACAAGAGCUUUCUACAAAUGUUUGCCGAGGCGCAGAUGUAUAGUUUUGAGUUAGGCUGGGGCUGGUUUUAUUGGACUUGGACUACGGAGACUAGUGAGGGUGGUGGCACACAGUGGAGCUACCAAAGAGGAUUAGCCGCCGGUAUCCUGCCAAAGCUAGCAUACGAUCCGGACUUUAAAUGUUCAUCAACAGUCCCAAGCUUCAGCGCAUUGCCUGAAUACUAUUGA